AUGCUGGCUGUGGCGGAAGUCAAGGCAGUGCAGGCGCGCAGGAGAGAUGGUGCCCGCGAGUGGCCGGCUGACAGGCUGAACACAAGGCAGAAGCAAACUUUGGUACAAAGCACGGCGGAGCGACUUGUUUUGCAGAAUUUCAUGCGGCAGCAAAGACUAUCGCAGCUUGUCGGCGCCAGCGGCUUGCUUGGCAGAUAUCAUUCCGAUGCGUUCUUUUUCGUCAUCAGCGAGAGAUUGGUGCGCGCGGCGUUGACCAUGGUUGGAGCUUUCGACAUGCCGAUCCAUCUGAAGACGAUUUGCCUGAUGGGGUUUAGCUCCGUAGAUGCCCUGGCCACCGUUGGCUUGCAACCAUUUUUCAGCGAAUCUGUCACGAUGAUGCACGCCUCCUGUCAGUGCUGCCUGCUCCUGUCCUACUCGCUCGUGCUCCUGCGGCACCUGAAACUGAGUCCAGGCGUUCUGGGCGACAGCAGCGUUGCGCUCACGGUGCUGCUUGUGCUCGCGUGCCCCUUCGUGGUCUUCUACGUGCUUCUCCGCCGCGAGGUGUCGGGGCACACGGUCACCUCGCAGUUGGCGACCCUGCUCAGGUACCAGGAGGACUUGGACGACGGCACGGCGGAGACACCGCGGCAGGUGGCCCCAGGACCGCCGCUUCUGGGUUGCGAGGCGGCCGCUGCGCCGCCGGCAGGUGGCGGCCGCCCGAGGCCAGAGGCGGAGGGCGAGGCCCGCGAGAUCUGCGUGGAGAUGGCGCCCGUGCCGAGUGCGGGUUCCCAGGCGCCCGCGGCGCCCGCAGCGCCGGCCGUCCCUGCAGCGCGCGGCGCGCCGGCACCCGCGACCCCGGACUGUGGCCCCGUCCGGCUGCGCGACAGCCGGAUCAUGUUUGGUGGGCUGGGCGGUGACGGGGGCGUGGGCUUGGGCACUUUGGCUGGGGGGCUUCUCGCGGGAGCCUCGGUCGGCGCCCCAGCUGCUUCAGUUGGCGGCCGCGGGGGCGCAGGCUUCGGCGCUGGCGCCAGCGCCGCACCAGCGCGCCCAGCAGGUCCCGAGGGCUUCUCUGGCCGCCCAUUGCCAGCGGGCAGCCACCAGCAAGCGUCGCAGCGGGGGCCAGGCAGAGGGACGCGUUUCGGAUGA